GUUUUGUGAUUCAUUGUGUUUUUGAUAAUUCCAUGAAUUUAUAUCCAAGGCCAAUUUGAACCAAAGCAAAACCUUUCAGCUUUCGUGUUUAACUUUACGUUCUUUCUCACUGGCUUUUGUCUUAAGUUACGUGAGUAGGUAGCACUGAAAAAAGCAACUCUCAAACUUUAUAGAUAGGUACUUUUUUAAAGCAAAGUCGCCGAAAUGUGAAAUCUGAACAAAAGAGCUACAUAAAUAGAUCUGGAAUUUUACAAAACGAAGCUGAAGACAAUAGACGACAAGACAUUACAUAAUCAAACCAAACAAAUUGUUUAAACAAUCUACUUGACUGCUAUUUGUCCUCAGAUAAAGUAAUAUAAUCUAAAAGAUCUGCAAGCCUGCAGUGACCAGGCACAUUUCAACAUAUCACAGUGUUAGACAACAUUUUACUCAAAAGGACUUUUAACAUUGCUAGAAUGGUGAAUGUACCUCCCGACCAUUUCCUGUAUUUUGCUUAUGGCAGUAACUUGCUGAAAAAGAGAAUACACAUUAAUAAUCCAUCAGCUGAAUUCAUAGGAAUAGGGAGGCUUGAUCAUUACCAGGUGAACUUUAUAAAGUAUGGUCCGAGAUGGAAGGGGUGUUCAGCCACCAUUGUGCCUACAGACAACCGGUGCUUGUGCAAGACCUGCAAGUGUGUGUGGGGCACUGUGUGGAUGCUACAUAACAAUGAUAUGCCAGCUUUAGAUGAGCAAGAAGGGGUAUCGACAAACUGGUACUUUCCAAAAACAGUAAAAAUAGAGACUGAGGAAGGGAAGAUUUUGGAGUGUAGAACAUACCAGCAGAGUGUGAACCCUCCAGCCACCUGCGACCACACCUCCAUACCUCCAGACAGAAGACCGUCGGAGACCUACUUGAAAUGCAUUGUUCUAGGAGCCAUUGAAUGUAAACUACCUAAAGAGUAUAUUCAACUUUUGAAGUUGAUACCACAUAAUGGGGAGAUAUCGCAUGAAAUGGAGAAUGCAUUAUUUUCGAAGGAUAAUAUAAAUGAUAUUUUGCUAUAAUUU